AUGAGUAUAACAACUAAUUCAUUGAAAUCUUUAAAGUUCACUAAUUCAGAAUUAGAAAAUAUUUUAGAAAAUUUUGGAGACGGUUCUUAUCCAACAUAUAUGCAGAAUGUGAAAGAGUUUUCCAGAUUGUUGAAUGAAUUUAAAUAUAACGGACCAAUUACUAAAAAGGCUAUAAUGAGAUAUUUAUAUCCCAAAAAAGUUGAAAAACAGGAGAAUAUUCCUCUUUAUGGUCCAGAGGACCUGGGCUCAGAGAGCCUUGAAACACCUCCUGAAUAUUUUGAAGAAAAAAUUAAACAAGAUGAAUAUUAUAACGAUGAGAUUGAGAAAUUGGAACAAUUAAGAAAUGAAAUAGAUGAAAGAAUUAGUGAAUUGAGAAAUGCUGAGAAUGAAGUAGAGGGUUUAAUGAAUAUCCCAGCUUCAGAAUCAGAAGUUCAAAAAUCACAUGAGGAAAGAUAUAAAAAUUACUUUUUGGAAUCUACUAAAAAUUUAUUAGAUGGUGAUAUUGACGAAACACUUUCAGAAGAAGGCACAAAAUUUAUUCAUAAACAUAAGCUUCAGUUUAUUGACGAUGGAGAUUAUCCAUGUAUAUUACUUUCACCUCCUCUUGAUUCUGAAAAAUUCAAAAAAGCACUGAAAAAU